AAUAAUAGUCGUGAUAAAGAAAACCUUUCGGUCGUCUCGUCAGUCGUCACUCUAGUCUAGUCUGACUAGUCUCGAUAACGAAUUUCUCGGCAACAAAUUGUUCAACGAAGAAUAAUAAAUUAUUAUUGUUUAUGUCUUGACGCUCGGUUUUUGAUAAUAAUAAUAUUAUUCGGUGUUUUUUUUCUCUAUCAUCGCUGAUGUUGAUCUCUGUUUGAUACGACCUACUUUUGCCGUCAACAUCGUAGCUGAGUUAGCUGACAGUUAUAUUUUAAUUCGGUUGGCGAUCAUAGACCAUAGUUAUAGGCUUAUAGCGGUGUUCUUAUAUAAUAUAUUCAUCACCAAACCGUUUUUGUAAGACACAACGAGACCAUGACGUCCUCAAAGUACUGUUUGAAAACUCGCAAUAGAAUGAAACUUUUAAACGCCAAGAAGUUGGAUAAYGAACAGGAUCAUGAUCUGUUUUUGUCAAAGUUUACUUCAGCACUGUGUGGUGACAGUUUCAACAGACUCCCGUUGAAUUCCACUUUAGGACGUCUGCCACUAUCUGAAUUAGCUCAGGAGCUCAAAACAGGAAAAUUGAUAUCAAAAUUUGAAGACUUUGAUUAUUACACCGAUGGAGAAGAUGAAUCACCAUAUGUUUACACAUGUUCAUUUGUAUUGGCUAUAAUGUAUUUUGAACGACUUAAAGUAUCAAACCCUAAUUAUUUGAAAUCUAUUAACUCAUCCGAAUUAUUUCUUAUAUCUCUGUUAGUUGCAAGUAAAUAUCUUCAUGACGAUGGUGAACUAGAUUCUGCAAUAAAUAGCGAAUGGGCUGUUGCUUAUGGUAUCAGUCUUAAGACUAUCAAUCAAAUGGAAAAAGAUUAUUUAUCAGCUAUGAAUUGGGAGUUUUUUAUAAGUGAUGAAGAAUUUACUAGUAGACAUAAAGAAAUAGUUAAUCAACUAUAUGGUGAUAUAAAGAAAUCUAACUCUGUAUUGUUAAAGAUGUUCCUAUUGAUCUCAUCAGUUGUACAAAAAAUAAGAAAAUUGUACAAAAGGAAAAUUGUCCGUCAGAAAAUGAAACAUAUGAUUGCCAUGUCAACUGUUAUCACUGUGGUCACCGCAACAACUAUGCAACUCAACCAUGGAAAUCAAAAAUUAGUUCAAGAAUUGUAUAAACAAAUUGAGUCUGAUCCAAAUUACCCAAYGAUUCCCUCCACCAAUACAAAUGUUAUAGAAAAGCYGGAAAAAGUAAAAGAUAUUUCUAAUAAAUGGCAUUCAUCUAAAUUACUACAGUUAUUAGACCAUUUGUUACUCAUGAACAUAUGUGUAUCUGAUGAUGAUCGUCAACUAUCAUUUCAAACUAUCCUUAGUAAACCAAACAAAAAUCGAUUUCGGAAUAUUUCAAAUUUUAAAAGUACUUUAUUUUUUGACUACAUAACAACUAUAAACCACACAUAUUGAAGUUAAGUUUUAAUUUUGUUGAUUCUCAAUCUACUCAACUAUAUUUUAACUAAUAUUUUUGUUAUAUCAGUUA